AGGCGGGCGCUAGGGGGGCGAGCACAAACAAACACACGAGCAGGCGCUGCUGCGCUCACUCCCCCACACUUCUCAAUCAAACGCCGCUCGCAGAUCUCCCUCGCUCGCGUCGCCCCCGGUCCUCUCGAUCCGCGGGAGUUUCCGCCGGCCGCUCGAAUCCGAUCUGAGUGACCGCUCCGGCGCCGGCAGAGGAAGAGCCUAGGGUUAGGGUUUUGGGGGCGAUGCAGCGGCCUGGGCGUGGCCUGCAGCGGUCAGGCUCGAAGCGUGUGCUCGACCCGACCGGCGGCGGCGGCGGCGGCGACGACGACGACCAUGCGCCCAAACGGCCUCGCGUGCCCGCCCUGGCAAGCGUCAUUGUGGAAGCCCUUAAGGUGGACAGUUUGCAGAAGCUUUGUUCUUCACUGGAGCCAAUUCUUCGUAGAGUUGUAAGUGAAGAGGUCGAGCGUGCUUUGGCCAAGUUGGGUCCUGCUAGAAUUGAAGGAAGGUCCUCUCCCAAAAGAAUCGAAGGACCUGAUGGGAAAAAUCUUCAGCUUCAAUUUAGAAGUAGGUUGUCUCUUCCACUCUUUACUGGUGGAAAAGUAGAAGGUGAGCAGGGAGCAGCUAUUCAUGUUGUGCUGCUGGAUACGAACACUGGAUGUGUAGUCACUUCGGGACCCGAAUCAUUUGCAAAACUGGAUGUUCUUGUGCUUGAGGGUGACUUCAAUAAAGAGGAAGAUGAGGAUUGGACAGAAGAAGAGUUUGAAAGCCACAUUGUCAAGGAGCGUGAAGGGAAGAGACCUCUUUUGCAUGGUGAUCUUCAGGUGACUCUUAAAGAAGGUGUUGGAACCAUAGGCGAGCUUAUCUUCACUGACAACUCCAGCUGGAUAAGAAGCAGGAAAUUCAGACUUGGUCUGAGGGUGGCCUCUGGUUUCUGUGAAGGUAUUCGUGUUAGGGAGGCGAAGACAGAAGCUUUUACUGUUAAGGAUCACAGAGGGGAAUUGUACAAAAAACACUACCCACCUGCCUUGAAGGAUGAUGUCUGGAGACUAGAAAAGGUUGGCAAGGACGGUGCAUUCCACAAGAAGUUAAAUGCUAGUGGGAUCUAUACAGUUGAAGAUUUUCUACGGCUUCUUGUUAGAGAUCAGCAGAGGUUGCGAAGUAUUCUUGGGAGUGGUAUGUCAAACAAGAUGUGGGAAAGCCUUGUUGAGCAUGCAAAGACUUGUGGCUUAAGCGGAAAGCAUUAUAUCUAUUAUGCCAAUGAUUCAAGAAACGUCGGCGCGAUAUUCAAUAACAUAUAUGAGUUCACUGGCUUGAUUGCGGAUGAUCAGUUCAUUUCAGCUGAAAACCUCACUGACAACCAGAAGGUCUAUGCUGACACAUUGGUAAAGAAAGCAUACGAGGACUGGAUGCAUGCUGUAGAAUAUGAUGGUAAGGCACUCCUGAGCUUCAAGCAGAAAAAGAAAACUGUCACAACAAGAAGUGAUACUGCAGCAGCUUCAUCAAGCAAUCUGGCUUCUUAUGGUUCGGUCAAUGCACAGAAACAGAUAUUGCCAGGAAAAGCUGGGCAAUCUUCUGCGGGUACUACGAGUGAAGCAGAUGGAGCAAGAAGCACAUACAACGGAAACCAAACAGCAAGAUACACCGCCAGUCCCCAGAGUAUCCCCGCAAACAUUACCAUGCAAUAUGAGAGGAGUGCACUGUUACCUGAAAGCCAAUUAAAUGGGUCCUCUCUCCAGACUCAAGCUUCUGGAGGCUCCAAUAUGCUGGCAUUAGGACCUCCACAGCAACAGCCGCAGGGUUUUGAAUUCCAAGCACUUGGUCAGUCCAUGCAGCCGGCAGGUCUGAAUACUUUUGAUCAAUGGUCACAGCCUCAGGAGAACCGUGGGGUUGACGACUACUUGAUGGAGGAAAUCAGGUUGAGGAGCCAUGAGAUACUGGAGAAUGACGAAAUGCAGCAGAUGCUGCGGAUUUUGAACAUGGGUGGAGUACCGACUAACCUGCCUGAAGACGGCUUCAGUUUUCCUUACAACAUGCAGUCACCUUUGCCGAGCUUCAACUUUGAAGAUGACCGCACUCGACCACCAGGGAAAGCCGUCGUUGGCUGGCUUAAAAUCAAGGCAGCUAUGCGGUGGGGCAUCUUCGUCAGGAAGAAAGCGGCUGAGAGAAGAGCUCAGCUUGUUGAGCUAGAUGACUAGCAAAUACAUCUCGAGUACUUGACUGCUGGUCUUGUAACAAAGCUCCAUUCCUGUUAUUGUUUAGGGUUUCGUAACCCAUGGGGCUAAAUCCUUGCACCCUUGGGGGGACAGUCAGGUCAUGAGCCGUUAAUCAUGGGCAAACUCUUUUAGUUUUUGAGUUUUUCUUAUUUUUGUAUAGUUGUGUCACCAUUGUUGGUGUAGUGUGAUGCUUGUUAAGCUUAACCUGGACGGUGUACAUUUAUUUGUUGCAGAACUGAAGACAUUAAACAUGGCGUUCCUUUUGUUUUCACGUAAAA